AUGGUGAAGAAGGAAGUGAGGAGAGUCCAAAGGUUUCUCAGUCCAGGUUACCAGAAACACCUGGAUGAUGAAGACUGGGAGGAGUUGAAGUGUGAAGAGGAGAAGAUGAGGAGCAGCAGAGAAGCUUUCCUAGAGAUCUUCAUGGACAUUCUAAGGAACAUGAAUAAAAAGGAACUUGCAGAUCGUCUAUUGAACAGAAGUCAUACCGCUGAGAACAUAAGACGACUGAAGACGAGCCUGCAGAAGAAGUUCCACAGUGUGUUUGAGGGCGUGGCUAAAGCAGGAAACUCCGCCCCUCUGAAUCAGAUCUACACAGAGCUCUACAUCACUGAGGGGGGCACAGACCAGGUCAACCAGGAGCACGAGGUCCGACAGAUCGAAGCAGCAACCAGGAACCAGACCAGAGCAGAAACUACCAUCAGAGAAGAAGACCUCUUUAAAGCCUCACCUGAGAGAGAGGGACCAAUCAGGAGCCUGCUGACGAAGGGUGUGGCUGGCAUUGGGAAGACCCUCCUGACACAGAAGCUGACUCUGGACUGGGCUGAAGACAAAGCCCACCAGAACUUCCACCUCAUGUUUCCUUUCACCUUCAGAGAGCUGAACCUGCUGAAAGAGAAGAAGUUGAGUUUGGUGGAACUUGUUCAUCGCUUCUUUCCUGAAACCAAAGAAUCAGGACUCAGCAGCUUUGAAGGAGUCCAGGUUCUGUUCAUCUUGGACGGUCUGGACGAGUGUCGACUCCCUCUGGACUUCAACAGUCGGGUCCUGACAGAAGCUACAGAGUCCACCUCAGUAGAAGUUCUGCUGACCAACCUCAUCAGAGGGAAGCUGCUUCCCUCAGCUCACCUCUGGAUAACCACACGACCUGCAGCAGCCAAUCAGAUCCCUCCUGAGUGUGUGGACAUGAUGACAGAGAUCAGAGGGUUCGCUGACCUCCAGAAGGAGGAGUACUUCAGGAGGAGGUUCAGAGAUGAGGAGCAGACCACCAUCAUCUCUCACAUCAAGAGCUCACGAAGCCUCUACAUCAUGUGUCACAUCCCCAUCUUCUGCUGGAUCACUGCCACAGUUCUGGAGGACAUGUUGAAGAGCAGAGAGACCAGAGAGCUGCCCAAGACCCUGACUGAGAUGUACAUCCACUUCCUGGUGGUUCAGGCCAAAGUCAAGAAGAUCAAGUACCAUGGAGGAGCUGGGACAGACACAGUUUGGGAUCCUGAGAGCAGGAAGAUGAUUAAGUCUCUGGGAAAACUGGCUUUUGAGCAGCUGCAGAGAGGAAACUUGAUCUUCUAUGAAUCAGACCUCACAGAGUGUGGCAUCGACAUCACAGCUGCUGCAGUUUACUCAGGAGUCUUCACACAGAUCUUCAGAGAGGAGAGAGGACUGUACCAGGACAAGGUCUUCUGCUUCAUCCACCUGAGUCUUCAGGAGUUUCUGGCUGCUCUUCAUGUCCACCUGAAGUUCUUUAACUCUGGAGUCAAUCUGCUUGAUUCACAACAAACAUCUGUACUGACAAGACUCUUUAGAAACAAACUUCAUCUGGGACAGUUCUACCAGAGAGCAAUAAAUGGAGCUGUAGAAAGUCAAAAUGGACAUCUGGACUUGUUCCUGCGCUUCCUUCUGGGCCUUUCUCUGCAGAGCAGCCAGAGUCUCCUUCCAGGUUUGUUGACACAGACAGGAAGUAGCUCCUGGACCCGUCAGCACACAGCAGAGCUCAUCAAGAAGAAGAUCAGUGAGAAAGUGUCUCCAGAGAGAAUCAUCAAUCUGUUCCACUGUCUGAGUGAAGUGAAGGACACUUCUCUAGUGGAGCAGGUCCAACAGCAGCUGAGAUCAGGACGUAUCUCCACAGAUCAACUGUCUCCUGCUCAGUGGUCCACCCUGGCCUUCAUCUUACUGUCCUCAGAGGAAGAUCUGGAGGUGUUUGACUUGGAGAAAUACUCUGCUUCAGAGGAGGCUCUUGAGAGGCUGCUGCCUGUGGUCCAAGCUUCAAAGGAAGUUCUGCUGAGCUGUUGUGAUCUGACACAGAGAAGUUGUUCAUCUCUGGCCUCAGUCCUAAGCUCUCCAUUCUGUCAGCUGACUCACCUGGACAUGAGCAUUAAUGACCUGGAGGAUCCAGGAGUGGAGCUGCUGUCUGCUGGACUGAAGAGUCCACACUGUCACCUGGAGACUCUCAGGCUGAGCUGGUGUGGACUGACAGAGAGAAGUGGUUCCCUUCUGUCCUCAGUCCUCAGCUCUCCGUCCUCUCGUCUGACACAACUGGACCUGAGUAUCAACACUCUGUAUGAUCCAGGAGUGGAGCUGCUGUCUGCUGGACUGAAGAGUCCACACUGUCACCUGGAGACUCUCAGACUGGAGCAUGAUGGACAGAGGUCAGCAUCUGGGUGGAGGAAGUACCUCCGUCCACUCUUUCUGGACCCAGACACAGCUCACCGGCGCCUCCUACUGUCUAAAAAUGACAGGAUGGUGGAGCUAGUGACGGAGGAUCAGGAGUAUCUGGACCAUCCCGACAGGUUUGAGCGGUGUCCUCAGGUGGUGAGCAGAGACGCUGUGACUGGUGUCUGUUACUGGGAGGUGGAGUGGAGAGGAAACGUUUCCAUCGCAGUGACUCUCAGGAGAGACGGAGGGAAAGAAGACGAGUCUGAGUUUGGACAGAACCGUUAUUCCUGGAGUCUGAGCUGCUCUGAUGAUGCUGGAUAUAAAGUCUGUCACAAUAAGACAGAAACUGUCAUCCAGAGCUCAGAAGUCUCUCACAGAGUUGCAGUGUCAGUGAACUUGGUUGCUGGAGUUCUGACCUUCAACAGAGUCUCCUCUGAUGAACUCAUCCACCUCCACACCUUCUUCAUCUCCACUGAACCUCUGUACCUGGGCUUUGGACUCACAGAGGCUCCUGGUUCCUCAGUGUGUGUGUGUGAGACUUAA